CUCCUUCCACCUCAUCAUCGACGCUGCGUUUUCUCCCUCUGGGUUUGGUGGCGCAUACAAUUGCAGAGCCCAUAAAUCUACACCAAACCAUUAAGCUGCAUCACCAACCAUGGAAGUUUGCGCUUCGGAGACCGCUCUCGUCUUCCCUUCUCGCCCACCCUUCGAACACGACCACGUUCUACCCCUCUCCCAUCUCGACACCGACCGCAAUCUCCACGUCAGCUUCCGCUACGUCCGGGCCUACACCAGCACCGCCGCGAGCAACCACCCCUCCGACCCCUUCCGCGUCAUUUCUGCCGCACUCUCCGACGCACUCGUUUAUUACUACCCUUUCACCGGCUCUCUCCGGCGCCGAAGCGACGACCGUCUCGAGCUGUUUUGCGCCGCAGGGAAAGCAGUCCCCUUUGUUCGCGCCGCGGCGGACUGCUCGCUUGAGUCGGUGAACUACCUGGACGAGCCGGAUCGGUAUUUCGUCGAUCAGUUGGUGCCUGACCCCAGACCGGAGGAGGGCUUGGUGACGCCGUUCGUGUUACAGUUGACGGUGUUCGCGUGCGGUGGGUACUGUCUCGGGGCUUCGAUUCACCAUGCGAUGUGCGACGGACUUGGUGCAACUCAGUUUUUCAACGCCGUGGCUGAGUUGGCUCGGGGGGCGAGUCGGAUAUCUGUUGAGCCGGUUUGGGAGCGUGGGAGUUUGCUAGGUCCAAGAGAGCCGCCGCGGGUGGAGGUGCCGUUUGAGGAGGUUUUGUGUUUUGAGAAGGGGUCCUCACCGUACGGUGAGUCCAGUGAAGCGGUUGCUAGGGAGUGUUUUCAUGUGAGGGAUGGGUGUUUAGAUCGCUACAAGGCUCUGCUGUUGGAAAAAUCAGGGGUGAGCUUUACUACAUUUGAAGCUUUGGGCGCAUUCCUAUGGAGGGCCAGGGUUAAAGCCUCUGGAGUUCCCGGCCAUGAGAAAGUGAAGUUCGCAUAUUCAAUCAAUAUAAGAAAGCUAGUGAAACCGCCACUACCACUCGGCUACUGGGGCAAUGGCUGUGUCCCCAUGUACGUGCAGCUUAGCGCCAAAGAGCUGAUAGAAAACCCCAUCUGGGAAACGGCCAAGCUGAUCAAGAAAAGCAAAAGCAAUGCCACGGAUGAGUAUGCCCGCUCAUUCAUAGACUUCCAAGAGCUAAAUUAUGCAAAGGGGAUCACAGCAGGAAAGGGAGUGAGUGGAUUCACUGACUGGAGGCAUUUAGGCCAUUCCACAGUGGACUUUGGGUGGGGAGGUCCUGUAACUGUUUUGCCACUCUCCAGACACCUUCUUGGGAGCGUGGAACCUUGCUUCUUCUUGCCUUAUUCUUCAGCAAAGGCAGGAAACAAGGAUGGGUUCAAGGUUUUAAUAACUUUGCCAGAAAUUGCCCUGCAUGCUUUCAGGCAAGAGAUGGAGAAAUUUACCAGUGAACAAUUUGGAUUGCCUCGACUUUAGUGGACAAGUCACGAGUCUCUGGUUCAUCUAUUGUUUGUAGUUGUACUUACUGUUGCACAAUAAAAAACCAGGGCUUUCUGUUGCUUUCUGUUAA